CAUAGCUCCGGCUCCCCGCUCACAGCUUUUCCUGGCUCUACGGGCGGCUAAUUCUCCCAUUCGCCUGCAUCCACCACACUGUCGAUGUUGCCAGUUCCUCUCCGUUCCUUCGCAUACAACAGCCCACCAUCGCCACCAUCAAUCAGCCCUGAGACUGCUUUCUCCCUACCCGCCUACCACUUCGACUAAACUUAGGCCAAGCGAUGCCGUACUACCCUUUACCCAUCCCCGCCCAUGUCAUCAAAGAAGUCGAAGAGGAGGAGAGACGCUGGUAUAGGGGAGACAAGGAGAUACUAGAACAGCGGGCCAAAGCCCGGGCCGAGAUCCAGGCCCUCUUGGCCCCUAUCAACGCGAUCUACGACUCCGGCACGCCCUUUUUCACCAAGGCUGCCAUUCGUAGCCUAGUUCGGCAAAUAGACGAGUCGGGCAUACACCGCGUCCAGAUCGAGCCGCUCUCGCUCAAACUUUCGAUAGCGGGGAUCGACGGCAAGAUAGUAGAUAUCUCCCUCCAUACCGGUGUUAAAUACCCCGUACCUGUACACUACCCUCCGCAAGAAGAUGGCUCGGUAUUGAUGAAUGCUAUGCUCUCCAUCGACCUCCGGCCCGUAGACCACCUAACCUCGACUGCUUUUCACUACAUCACCGAUUUCGAUCCUCGCAAGGCAUUCCUUGCCAUAAAUGCAAACGUCCUAACCGUCCCAGUACUACUAGCCACUGGCGAGGUCGUGCCCGAGGCCCCCAUCCGCCCGGCACCCGAGACGCGUGCCAUCCUACAGCAGGAAAAGGCAAAAUGGGACGCCAGCGCCGCCUGCCGCAAACUCACAGCAACCCUCCAGGGCAUGGCUGACGCCGGCCGCCUCCCACACGUCGACAAAGUCGUCGCGUUUGCCUGCAACCGGCCCUCGGUGGUCGAAAGGGCCGAGCGGGUGGCAGCGGAGCACGCAGUCGUCCUCAGCAUUAGGGACUUCUUCGCGCGGCGUAGCCCAACAACGACAGUGCAGUGUUACGCACAGGAUCCGUUGUACGAGGACGUCGACCGGGAGGUGUUGGGAGAGCUGGGCAUGACGGUGCUGGAGCACCCGCGCGGCUUCCUCGAGGUGGACGAGUCCGCGGUCGUUUUUGCGCAGGCGCCGGGGGUGGCGGUGCGGCAGAUCGUGGCGGAUAUUGCGAGACCCGCGGUUAUGGUGUGGGAUAGGGUGUGUGAAAUUCCAAGGGAGGGUGCCUCCUGGGUUGGGCGGGGAGAGCAGAUACCUAGAUCCGAUAACAUCUCUCCCCGUGUCGAGGAGAUGAUCAAAGAUUAUACUGAGUUGCCAUUCACCUCGGAUCUGGCUGGUUUUGGGUCCUUGUUAGCAGUUUAUGUUCGGAAUUACUGAACAGAUUGCCAAGGAAAAUGCUCGGGCACGAUGGACCUCGAUAUUCGGUUGUGACGUGGGAGCGAUACGCUGCCUGAGAGUCGGGU